AUGCGCUGCUUACGACCCGGACCAAUACUCGGCCUCGCUUCCUCCAUACCACUGCUAUCGAGCAUUGUACAAGCCAGUAGCACCAUCCGAAAUCCGAUCGGCGCCCUCUCGACCGUCCAGAAUGCCACCAUUCACACCCACAACGCGCGCCUGACAGCCCUGUCCGAGUUUGACCUCACAUUCAACAUUCGUGAUGAGCUGUAUGUCAAGUUCCAUCUGGAGCCAAACCACGACAUCCUCGCGCCCGAUGCGAACAUCCAAUACCUCCACCCAGAUGGAUCGAUACGCCACACAGAAAGCGUGGAUCGGCUAAAUCACAAGGUAUACAAAGGCACAGCAUGGGCGCAAAGGCCCGCGGCGGGACAGAAUAAAUGGCAACAGGUCGGCUGGGCGAGAGUGUCAGUUCUGAAAGACGGCCAGCAGCCACUGUUCGCUGCAGCAUUCCGCAUGAACCACGACCACCAUCACAUUCAGACUUCGACCGAGUAUAUGCGCACACGACAUCGGCUGGAUCCCGAGAUUGAUCAUUCCGAAGACUAUAUGGUCUUGUGGAGGGAUUCAGACAUCUUACCGGAUACACUAGAGCAUCAGGAGUUGAAGAAGAGGCUGGCUUCCGCCGCCAUAUGCCAAGCAGAUAAGCUGAGCUUCAAUGCACAACCCGAGCACCCAGUCUAUGUGGCCAUGAAGAGCAAGCGCUCGGCUUCCUCUUACGGUGUCAUGGAUUUUUCGAAUGUCUUCAGCAAGCGACAGAUUGAUGGCACUACGGCCGGCAACAGUGCUGGCGUGAACCUUGCGAGCACCGUCGGUCAAACGCGUGGCUGCCCAUCUACACGCAAGGUCGCCCUGGUAGGAGUUGCCACCGAUUGUACUUACACUGCGCAAUUCAACGAUGAACAAGCCGCCCGCGAGAAUGUCAUCACCCAGAUGAAUCAGGCUUCAGGUGUAUGGGAGGGCGCCUUUAACAUAUCGCUUGGCCUGCAGAAUCUCACCAUUUCGGACAGGAACUGCCCAGGCACCCCUGCUGCUGCUACAGAGUGGAAUCAGGCUUGCUCGGGAAACGUUGAUAUUCAGGACCGAUUGAACAUGUUCUCUGCAUGGCGAGGCAACCAGCGCGACGCCAAUAGCCACUGGACGCUGCUUAGCACCUGCAAUACAGAAUCUGCUGUCGGCCUCGCCUGGCUGGGUCAAGCGUGCGUGGGCACGUCCAUCACCACCAACGGUAGUGUUACUGGAAAUGGCCAAACCAAUGGCGGCCAGGAGACCGUCACAGGAGCAAACGUGGUCAUCCGCACUCGAGGUGCUCAAGAAUGGCAGAUCAUCGCCCACGAAACAGGCCACACAUUCGGCGCCGUUCACGAUUGCGACAGCAGCACAUGCCAGAACUCAAACUUCGUCAACUCACAGCAGUGCUGCCCUCUCAGCGCCAGUACUUGUGAUGCUGGGGAGCGGUAUAUCAUGAAUCCCUCAACUUCGCAAGGGAUCACUGAUUUCAGUCCAUGCUCGGUAGGAAAUAUCUGUAGUGCCUUGGAUCGCAACUCUGUCAAUGGCCAGUGCUUGGUGAAUAACCGUGGUGUCACUACCAUCAGUGGUCAGCAAUGCGGCAACGGGAUUGUGGAACAGGGAGAAGACUGUGAUUGUGGUGGCAAGGAUGGAUGUGGGGACGAUCGCUGCUGUAACCCAACCACCUGCAAAUUUACAGAGGGCUCCGUAUGCGACGACUCCAACGAGGACUGCUGCAGGAACUGCCAGUUCGCAUCGGCGGGCACUGUAUGCCGUGCAAGCACGGGUGACUGCGAUCCGCAAGAGACCUGCCAAGGCAACUCCUCGUCGUGUCCCACCGACCAGACCAAACCAGAUGGCACUGAUUGCGGUGACAAACUGCAAUGUGCUUCUGGCCAAUGCACUAGCCGUGAUCAGCAGUGUAAAAGCGUGAUGGGAAGCUACACUCAGGGCAACGAUACGUACGCAUGUGAUAGCUCUGGCUGUGCAAUCAGUUGCGCGAGCCCAGAGUUUGGUACCGGAGUAUGCUAUGGUCUUCAGCAGAAUUUCCUCAACGGUACCCCCUGUGGCGGUGGUGGCCGCUGCCGAAAUGGCCAGUGCAAAGGAGCUUCCAUUGGUGGCCAAGUCAAAUCGUGGAUUGAAGACCACAAAGCUCUAGUCAUCGGCAUUUGCAGCGCGGUCGGAGGCCUUCUGCUUUUCGCUAUUCUAAGUUGCCUAUUCCGCUGCUGUCGACGGGGCCGCGCGCGCAAGCAAACUCCGUCGCCGCCACCAGGAGGCUGGCAAGGAUGGAAUGGCGGCAACCGUGGUGGCCCGGCCAUGUCUCAGCAAGGCGGCUAUUACGCUCCUCCAUCACAUCCUAGCCAAGGCUGGGCACAGCAAAAUCGUGGGAACCAGGCCUGGAGCUCACCACCUGUGCCGCCGCCAGUAUAUCAGAGGAGUAGUUCUGUGCGGUACGCGUAG